CUAACUUCCGCCCUGAGUUGAGUCGGUCGGUCUGAUCGUGACGUGUAUCGCCGAAGUGUCGCUCAGAUUGUGUAGGUUGCUAAUAUGAAGUUAGCCAGCUCAGUUAGCCGAUGAUAUUAAGUGAUUCGCGACAGCAACAAUAAAGCGCAAACUGUGUGUGGUGAGUGUUUAGAAAGCAAUAAUGCCUCUCAUGGUCGGCGGAGGAGACGGACGGGCUGAUAGAAAUGUGAUGUGUGUCUUGUUUCCGCUCGCCGCCGUGUUUUUGUUGUCGGUCGGAGUUGCUGCUGUUCCAGAGGAGCACAAAGCCGCUGUCCAGGAGCAGCCCCCACAAGAGAAAGCCGCAAGUGCCCAUCCCGUGGGCCCAGUCAUUUCUGAAGAUGAGUCCAACAAAGGGAACAUGGGUUUCAUCCACGCCUUUGUGGCCUCUAUCUCUGUCAUCAUCGUCUCUGAGUUGGGAGACAAGACCUUCUUCAUUGCAGCCAUCAUGGCCAUGCGUUACAACCGCCUCACCGUGCUGGCAGGUGCUAUGCUGGCUCUGGGACUCAUGACUUGUCUUUCUGUGCUGUUUGGCUAUGCCACCACCAUCAUCCCUAGAAUCUACACAUACUAUGUGUCCACCGCUCUGUUUGCCAUCUUUGGUUUACGGAUGCUGAGAGAGGGGCUGAGGAUGAGUCCAGAUGAAGGCCAGGAGGAGCUGGAGGAGGUGCAGGCAGAGAUCAAGAAGAAGGAUGAAGAGCUCCAGCGGUCCAAGCUGGUUAAUGGCACUCCAGAUGUGGAAGCUGGAUCAGGGACUACCGCUCCUCAGGGAAAGUGGCACAGCCUUGUCUCGCCAAUCUUUAUCCAAGCCUUCACCCUCACCUUCCUGGCAGAGUGGGGGGACCGCUCGCAGCUGACCACUAUUAUUCUAGCUGCCCGGGAGGAUCCAUUUGGGGUUGCAGUCGGUGGUACCCUUGGACACUGCUUGUGUACAGGACUGGCUGUGAUAGGAGGGAGAAUGAUCGCGCAGAAAAUAUCUGUCAGAACAGUUACAAUCAUUGGCGGGAUCGUGUUUCUGGCAUUUGCCUUUUCUGCCCUGUUCAUCAAGCCAGAUGCUGGAUUUUAAUUGGAAGAUGGACUUUCAGGUUUACUCUGUACAUACGUGUAAAAUUUGGUGACAUUGCUGGGACUGUAGUUUUGACUCUGUAUGUGUCCAACAGAAACAGUGACUGGUUAAACAGCGAGCUGAAGUCCUGUCCUCCUCUCCUGGAAGGCCUCUGUUCCACUACAGUCUGUAACUCGGUGGGGUUUCCUGUCGAGGUUGAAUACUUUGGUAUUAUUUUAUUAGCAUUAACUAACAUUUUCCUAGAGUCUGAACCGGUAGUACACAUCAGAGCCUCAUGGGAGGUGUAGUUGUUGAAUGCUAAUAAAUGUUUAGUCUUUAUGAAGUACAGACGUUAGAUACACAUUAAGCUUUUUCCAGAAACCCCUGGUUUCAUAAAGUGUGUUGAAAUUAAACUAUCCAAUGAGAAGAAGAAACUGAAUUACAGGGGCUAGUGGUGAGAGGGGGCAGGACUGUGGCUCUCUUAGAGCUGUGUCCUCAUCACAAGGUGUGUGAGUAAGAAGAAUGGAUUGUUACUGAUUGCUGCCCCCCCCCCAGCCGUCUCUGUUAGACACUGAGUCCAUUUCUAAAUCUUUGCCUUUUUUUUUGUUUUUAAAUGUUUAAUGGUUAAUUUUGUAUAACAUGAGCCCAGGUGCUGUCAGGUGACUGACAGAAUAGUAACUGUAGACCGAGCUGCCAGUUUCCUCUUACAGGAGUUGGCUGGCGUUGUUUGGUUUAUUCCACCGUGACACCUUUUCGCCAUUGCAAUCACGUGGGCCUACUUUACAUAAGAUUUUAAUUUCCAGCUGUGAGUAAAAACACUGAAAACAGAUCCAACAGCACAUAAACUUAUGUAAUUUGAGAUUUUAUUUGAGGCAAAGAUGCCAUUAUAAAAUAUUUCCCUUAGUUAAUCCUCUGUUUCACAUAGAAGCAGUCUUUUAGAGAGAGAGACCUGAACCACUAGAAUACCUCUGCGUCCAGGUGUCGCCUGUUGGAAUAUCUGGUGGAGUACUUAAAGAGCUACACCACAGCUUAAAAUAGCUUAUGUGCACCUUUCCAAAAUGCUAACCACAUAUUGGAGAUAUAGAUCGGGGGACUUCAUAUUUCCUGCUUCCAGUUUCAGGUGCCGAUAGGGAACAAAAAAUAAAUGGAUUGGGUUGAAGAAGGGCCAGUAAUCACCUCAACGCACAGGUUAACUCUUCCUCAGUGAUGAAAGCCAUUUCCAGUAUGAACCUCGCUGCCUGCACUGUCGCUGCCCUGAAUGACAGAAUCAGUGAGUAGUAACCAUCAUGUAAUUUAUCCAGCACAAACCCUCAGUACAAGUCACUCCUUUGGCCAUAAGCAGCUGUGUUGUAGCUACAGUGACACCUGAACACGGCAAUGUAAUUCAAGCCUACGUUUCACCUUUUAUUUAAAACGGUUUCUAUUUAUUUAGCUUCAUUUUCUUUCUCUUUUUUAGCAGAUGUACUGUAGAAACACAAAAGGGGGAGAGGUACCUAUAAAUGAAGGAAUGGAAAUAUUUUUUUAAGCAAACAGGCUAAAGCUGCAUUGUCAAUAUUUGACAGGCUGUGCCCAGCUGUGAAAUACUUCUGUUUGUCAUACAGGUUGGUUGAAAUGCCUAUAAAUCUAAAAUACUCAAUAAAAAUGUUUCAUGUGUUGUCUGA